AGAGACUAAUUCGACACACUCGUCCUUGUUGAAAGUAAGUCACGAACUGAUCACGAUAUUCAGGAAAAUGGCAACGGAGAACUGCGUCACUUCCAAGCACUCGUAUUCCUGGCAUCAGGCGACUGUGCUGUUGCUAGUUCCGCUCGAGACCUCAGAAGAAGAUGUUGCCGUUGUGAUAGAACGGAGUUACUUGCUGGCUGGAGUCAAGGGUCAACAACCCGUAGUGAAGGUAUCAUGGCAGCUCGAACCGCGGACUUCGCGGACUUCCACCCGGGAACGCACUACUUCGACUUUAUCAACCGCAUCUACCCAGUCGUCUUAUGCCUUCGUAUCUGACCCCGAGAUAUCGAGCAGCUUCGCUGCAUCACUGGAGAGCGCGCAGGCGUCAGACGCCGAAGAGCCCAAGAGCACCCCGGAUAUCAUCGGCGGGCGGCGGUCCCCAGCUGUAUCUGGACAUGUAUCGCCUGUCAUGCAACCCCAUGCUCUCUCAUCGUUCUCCUCGCUAGAGUCGUUGCACUCGUCUUCAGGAAGACUGUUAACCCUGCAUCUGGAAAAGGACCAGUCUGUCAUUUGGCCGUCGCUCAUCGUGGGUGCCGUACCUCAAGAACUUUUCCCGUCUCCACCGAUCCCCAUGCUGUAUGACCCUGAUCUUGAGGUGAAAUAUAACAUGGAUCCCACUAGUCUCGUCCUUUUUGCUAUUGAACUUCUCGAUAUCAGGAAGGAUAAAGAGGAAGCAUUUGAAUGCUUCGUGCGAGCGUGGCACCAAGCACACCUCCCAUCUGCCACUAUGAAAUUGGUCACACACUACCUCCCACCGCACACAUCCUUAAGCCAUGUGAAAGAGGCUGAGGAAAACACACGGGGGACUCUGUCUUAUUACGUGCAAUGUAUUGGCGGAGCCGCUGGACUUGGGCAGUUGUAUCUGGAAGCUGGGCUUCUGCAUCUCGAGGGUGCUGCCUCCGUCGUGCUCUCUGCUUCGUACGCGACCCUGUCUUCAAUUCGUGUUCCUCCGCAUCCACAACCUGCUGAAAAUGGCGCGGAGGCGUGGAAGCGGGAUAGAGAUGCUGCGGGCCGCUAUUUCGACCGUGCUCGGGCGAUGAAUCCCGAUCUCGACAUACCGGUGAUCUCGGACGAAAGAAGCGGUCACACUGAACUCGAGAUGCCCUCAUUGGAAAUCCACCACCACUCUGCGCCCGAGAGCGCCUAUUCUGGCGAAGGCUCCAUGUACUCGGAGCAGGAGAGAGUUGUCCGGCGGAGAAGGCAGGAACGGACGAAAGACGAGUUGAUCUUCCUCGACAAUGUCAAGGGUAAGGACGAUAUCGACAACGCCUGGUAUCUGUAUGUCCCUAGCCUCGUAGGGGCGGGGACAGCAUUACUGGUCGUUGGGGUUAUUGGCGCUCUUAGCUUUUCAUCUUGGAGGCGGAAUCAGGGAUCUUAGUUCUCUUUUCUCGCUGAGGUAGUCCAUGCUCGGCCCGGUAUUCACUGUAUUUGCUAUCCCCAUGCUUGUUGAUUUAAAUAAUCUAGUCUUUUCCAGCGACAUGUAAGCACGACGUCGCUGCACUGUUAUUAAUGGGGGUCUCUCGGUAUCACUACUCGGAUCCUUAUGCCUCCA